AUGCUUCCCAAACGGUGCUUGCGGGAGGAAGGUAUCGCGCCCCCUAGGAAAGAGCAGGGAAUGCACUACAAUUCCCAGCAGGCCGUGCGAGUCUUGGGGCGCGUUCGGAGUCCGGUAACCUUUGAAGAUGUGGCUGUGUACUUCACAGAAGACCAGGGGGCCUUGCUUGAUCCAAGCCAAAGAGCCUUGUACAGGGAAGUCAUGAUGGAGAAUUAUGAGAACAUGGCCUCAUUGGGAUUUCCAUUCAUCAAGCCUGCUCUCAUCUCCCAGCUGGAACAGGGAGAAGAGCUUUGGGUGCCAGAAUCUCAAGACUUGGAUGACACAGAGAUCUUGGACAUCUCAAAUGAGUACUGGAAAAGACCGUUGGGCCCUGCAUAUGGGAAAUACUUUGCUCAGGAACUGAAACUUGUUGGACACCAGGAACUCCAAACAAUAGAAAAACCUUAUGAGUGCUUAGAGUGUGGGAUGUGUUUUGCUGAGCGACUCUCCGUUUUUAACCAACAGAAGAUGCUGGUCACCUUUGAAGAUGUGGUGAUUUACUUCUCAAAGGAGGAAUGGGCUCUGCUGGACCCAGACCAGAGAGCUUUGUACAGAGAAGUCACGUGGGAAAAUUAUGGGACUUUGGCCUCACUGGGGUAUCCAGUCCCCAAGCCUGACAUAAUUUGCAGGCUGGAAGAUGGGGAAGAGCUGUGGGUGCUGGAUUCUCGAAACUUGGAUGUGACAGAGAUCUGCAGCAUAACCUCAGGAGAUACGAAGAAAAAGAUCACAUGCCCCGAGUGUGGGAAAUGUUUUACUAAGCAAUGUAAUCUUGCCAGACACAAGCAAGUCCAUGCAGCAAAGAAGCCAUAUGAAUGCCUGGAGUGUGGGAAAGGUUUUGCUCAACAGCCACAGUUUCUGAAACACCAGCAAGGCCACAGCCAAGAGAAACCCUAUACCUGUGAGGAGUGUGGGAAAUGUUUUGCACAUCGUUCUGUGUUUGUGGCCCACCAGAGGGUUCACACAGGAGAGAAGCCCUACAAAUGCCUGGAGUGCGGGAAGUGUUUGGCACUUCAGGGAGAUCUUGUGAGACAUCAGCGACUCCACACGGGAGAGAGACCCUACAAAUGCUCAGAAUGUGGCAAAUGUUUCGCUCGCCAUUCAAAUCUUGCGAACCACCAGAGAGUUCACACUGGAGAGAAGCCCUAUAAGUGCCUGGAAUGCGGGAAGUGUUUCACCUGCCAUUCACAUCUUGUGAGUCACCACAGAAUCCACACAGGAGAGAAACCUUAUAAAUGUUUGGUGUGCAGGAAGAGCUUUGCUGAAAGAUCCACCUUUGUGAAACACCAGAGAGUCCACACAGGGGAGAAGCCCUAUCAGUGUCUAGAGUGUGGGAAGUGUUUCGCUCAACAUUCCAACAUUGUGAAACACCAGAGAAUCCAUACAGGAGAGAAGCCUUUUAAAUGCCCGGAGUGUGGGAAAUGUUUUACACGCCGCUCGUACCUGAUGAUCCACCAGAGCGUCCACACAGGAGAGAAGCUUUACAAAUGCCUGGAGUGUGGCAAAGGUUUUGCUCAGAACUCAACUCUAGUGCAACAUAUGAGAGUCCACACAGGAGAGAAGCCUUUCAAAUGCCUGGAAUGUGAAAAGUGUUUUGCCGAGAACUCGAGCCUUGUGAAACACAGGAGGGUCCACACGGGAGAGAAGCCCUAUCAGUGCCUGGAGUGCGGAAGACAUUUUGCGGACAUCUCAGGCCUGGUGAAACAUAAGCGAGUCCACACGGGGGAGAGGCCUUACAAAUGCCUAGAGUGUGGGAAGUGUUUUACUCAGAACUCAACUUUGGCCCAGCAUAAGAGAAUCCAUACUGGAGAGAAGCCGUACGAAUGCCUGGAUUGUGGGAAAUGUUUUGCUGAAAACUCGGGCCUCAUCAAACAUAGGAGGGUCCAUACAGGAGAGAAACCCUAUCGGUGCUUGCAUUGCGGGAGAUGUUUUGCUGAUAAUUCUGCCUUUGUGAAGCACAAAAGAGUCCACACAGGAGAGAAUGCUUAUACUUGCUUAGAAUGUGGACAGUGUUUCUCUCAACAGUCAACCUUCGUAAGUCAUCAAGGAAUUCACUCAGUCGGAGACACUGUGCAGUUAUAA